AUGCUGGAAAAGUAUAUCAGAUUUCCUACAGGUGAAGAGUUAGCUGAGGUGAUAUAUGGGUUCAGGAUGAAAUGGUGCUUUCCCCAGUGUGUUGGUGCUAUUGAUGGUACACACAUCCCUGUUGCAGCUCCUGAGCUAAAUCAUACUGACUACUAUAAUCGGAAAGGGUGGUAUUCGAUGAUUGUUCAAGCGGUUGUCGAUCACGAUUAUUGUUUCGAGACAUGUGUUGGCUGGCCAGGAUCUGUUCACGAUGUCAGGGUGUUUGCAUCAUCCUCUAUUGUACACAGAAUUAGAGAAGGUCUUUUGUCUGAUCAGCCAUCAAUCGACUAUCAUGAUUGCGAAACUUCAGUCUUUCUUAUUGGAGACUCGGCAUACCCCUUGCAGACAUGGCUAAUGAAACCAUUUGUCAACACAGGAAGUCUCACACAUGAGCAACAGCAUUUCAACUAG